UCGACCAUGGUCACAGCAUUCAAGAACAUCAUCGUGGUGGGUGGAUCUUAUGUCGGCACCAGCACCGCACAGCAGCUGGCGUCCGUCCUCCCGAAUACUCACCGAAUCCUCCUUGUUGAGCCUCACACUCACUUCCACCAUCUCUUCGCAUUCCCCCGGUACGCUAUUCUCCCCUCUCACGAGCAUAAGGCAUUCAUUCCGUACCGCCUCUUCGACCGAGACCCCACAUCUUCCCGUCAACGCCAGGACACGGUUGUGCGUGCCAAAGUUCUCGCAGUACACCCAGAUCGCGUUGUCCUCGACCGGCCAUGGCAAGGCUCCGGCGAGCUCCAGUUCGAUUAUCUGGUGAUUGCGACGGGCACGCGUCUUUCGGCACCUGGGACGAUGGAGGUAGAGGAGAAGGGCCCAUCGGUCGAGUACCUCAAACGCUUUCAGUCACAGGUGCAGGCGGCGUCGUCAGUUCUGAUCAUUGGCGGCGGGGCGGUAGGCGUUCAGAUGGCGACGGACGUUAAAGAGCUGUACCCAGCCAAGAAAGUAACGGUGGUGCAGUCACGGGACCGCGUGAUGCCCAAAUUUCACCCUCAGUUCCAUGCCCUUAUCGCUGAGCGCUUCGCCGAGCUCGGAGUAGAACUCAUCACCGGCUCGCGAGUGGUCUUGCCCAAGGAUGGCUUCCCCUCUGACGGAUCGACAUUCGGCGUCAAGCUGCAGGACGGACGUGAACUGCAAACACAGCUUGUGAUUCUCGCGACCGGCCAGACGCCAAACAAUGAGCUCGUUGCUACACUUCCCGGCGAACUAAUCAACCCCGACAAUGGCUUCAUCCGCGUCAACCCUACUUUGCAGCUUCCUGGCUACCCUCACAUCUUCGCCGUCGGUGACAUCGCUGAUACUGGCGCACAUAAAGCUGCGCGUCCCGGCGCCGCGCAGGCGGCGGUACUCACCAAGAAUGUUGUUUCCAUGCUGGAAGGGAGGGAGCCAAGUGACAAGAUCACGAUCACACCGCCAGCGCUGCAUAUCACGCUCGGGCUGCAGAAGAACAUUGUGUUCAGGAAUCCCCCCCCAGGAGCGUGUGAGCCGUCGGUGACUUGGCGAGAGGAUGGCAAAGCGGAUAUGAAUAUUGAUGCGGUAUGGGCACGGCGCGGCGUGCGCGUCAACUGCGUUGACGACUAUCAUCUGUAGCCUCCCCCGCUUGCACCCCGACUUCAUAGCAGCCGCAUGUGGCCGUUUGUUCGCAACGUUCCCUUGCUGGUAGACUGCACCGCUGAGCCUCUGAGGUAGACAAGUCCAGGUAGCGUCAGGAUGAAGAUUGCGCGUUGGAGGGGC